AUGACUCUAAUCAGUUCAAUCCUGAACGCCACCACCUUGACGGCUGGUCUUUCCCAGCAUGUAACGAAUGGUGGCUCAGUUUUGGGAACACUUGAUGGUCCCCGUCUGCCCAAAUUUUUGACCGACAAUCCUCUUCCUCGUGGCUAUCCCUGGGCUCAUCGUACGAGUCCCAAAGACGAUGUACCCAAUACCGGGGUGUUCAGACAUUACAAUUUCGACAUCACGGAAGGAUGGAUGAUGGCAGAUGGUGUCAACAAAACAGGAUUGUACAUCAACGGCCAAUUCCCAGGUCCUACUAUAGAAGCAAACUGGGGCGAUACCAUACAGGUUACGGUCACGAAUCAUAUCAAGGAUAGUGCUGAAGGUACCGCUAUGCAUUGGCACGGUUUGCUGCAAAGAGAAACUCCUUGGUUUGAUGGUGUCCCGUCCCUAUCGCAAUGCCCAAUCGCACCCGAAAAGUCAUUUACUUACAGCUUUACUGCGGAUCAAUACGGCACAAGCUGGUAUCACUCGCACUAUAGUGCACAGUAUGCUGACGGAACAUUCGGUGCCAUGAUUAUCUAUGGACCGGAGCAUAUACCAUAUGACAUUGAUGUCGGGCCGGUACUUCUUACGGACUACUUUCAUACUAGAUACUAUCUCCUCGUCCAAAGAUAUACUGGAAGCCAAGACGUGCCUAACUCGGACAACAAUCUCAUCAACGGAAAAAUGAACUUUGACUGUUCGCUAGCAGAAGGCACAGAAUGCAUGCCAAAUGCAGGGUUGUCAAAAUUCAAAUUUGAGUCGGGGAAGAUCCACCGCUUACGUUUGAUAAAUGCCGGUGCUGAAGCACUGCAGAAAUUCACAAUCGACGAACACGAGAUGACUGUCAUAGCAACCGACUUCACUCCGAUCAAGCCGUACAAAACAAAAGUCGUCACUCUCGGUGUUGGACAGCGUGCUGAUGUUCUUGUCGAAGGAAAAGAUUGCUCUGAUCCUCAAAAGGCAUAUUGGAUGCGCAGUGAUAUUCCAGCCGGCACCUGUAGUCAUGCAAACCAGUCACACGCUCUAGCGGCCAUCUACUACGAUGAUGCAGACACCAACUCUGUUCCACAGUCAAGCAAAGUUCAUUAUAAUAUCUCGUCGCAGGGCUGUAUCGAGGACUCUCUUGAACUUACAGAACCUUUCUUCCCGGAAGCACCACCUGCAGAAAUAACCACUUUUCAUGAUAUCAAUAUUACAUUCGGUGCAAACGCCACGGGUGCUAUGGUGUGGUUUGCUAACAAUAUUUCUUUUACCGCCAAUUACAAUCAUCCCAUGCUUCUUUUAGCCAAACAAGGAAAUACAUCCUACCCUUACGAUCCCCAAUGGAACGUCCUCGAUUUUGGCAAGAACGAAACGAUCCGACUCUACGUUCGGAACUUCAUCCCUCUCGCACAUCCCAUGCACCUCCAUGGACACAACUUCUGGAUUCUUGCACAGGGUAAAGGAGACUGGGAUGGCACAAUUACCCGCCCUGCCAAUCCCCAGAUGCGAGAUGUGCAAAUAGUCGAAAUGGGAUAUCCCUAUGAGCCUUCAUACAUCGUUAUUGAGUAUAAGGCGGAUAAUCCGGGUAUCUGGCCGUUCCAUUGUCAUGUGGCAUGGCAUGUCAGCGAUGGUCUCUAUAUUAACUUAAUGGAGAACGCCGACCUUAUCCAAAACCGAAGUAUUCCAUAUACAUCUGCUCAGACCUGCCGUGAGUGGUGGGAUUACACUGACCACGAGAUUGUGGAUCAAGUCGACUCUGGUGUAUGA